CAAACCGCGCGCUCUGCUCUCGUGCACGUCAGACGUGUCGCUCAGAGUCAGUCCUGUGUGCAUUCAAACUUCCCUGAUCUCCAUCUUGAGGAGAAUCCCACUCCAUCUGUUUCCUUUAGGAGUUUACUGAACAACAAUGGGAGAUAUCAGGCUGCCGAGGCACAUGUUUUUGUGGUGCCUGUCUGCUAUUUACAUGUUUGCCUUUGCGUCUCUUUACGUGCAGAUUCCAGGUCUGUAUGGGAACGAGGGUGUGCUGCCGGCGCGGUGGCAGCUGCGGGUGUCUGGGAAGAGUGUUGUGGAGCAGCUGAAGGAUUCUCCCACGCUGCUGUGGUUCGGUCCGCGUCUGGGUUUGGACACGCAGCAGUGCAUGGAGCUGCUGAGUCUGACCGGAGCUCUGCUCAGUUUAAUGACUCUGGCUCUGCCGGCGCUCAGAGACUGCAGAGUCUUCCUGGUGCUCUGGAUACUCUAUCUGUCCCUCUACCAGGUGGGCCAAGUCUUCUUAUACUUUCAGUGGGAUAACCUCUUGCUGGAGACGGGCUUCUUGGCCAUUCUCAUCGCUCCCAUGAAAAUGCCCUGGUCUUCAAAGGUGCGUCUCCACGACAGCGUGACUUUCUGGCUGGCGCGCUGGCUGUUGUUUCGGCUGAUGUUUGCGUCGGGUGUCGUCAAACUGACCAGCCGCUGUCCCACCUGGUGGGGCCUGACUGCUUUGACCUAUCACUAUGAGACCCAGUGUAUACCGACCCCGCUGGCCUGGUUUGCUCAUCAGCUGCCGGUGUGGUUCCAGAAGCUCAGUGUGGUGGGAACGUUUGUUAUCGAGAUCGCUGUCCCCUUCAUGUUCUUCAGCCCCAUACGAAGACACAGACUCGCCGCCUUCUACAUGCAGGUCCUGCUUCAGGUGUUGAUCAUCCUGUCUGGGAAUUAUAACUUCUUUAAUAUUCUCACCAUCACCCUGUGCCUGUCGCUGCUGGAUGACCAACAUGUCAACUUCUGGCUCCGAAGACCCACGCCAAAGACCGAGAGCACAUCAUUGCAGACUCUGAUUUCUGGACUGGCUGUGAUGUUAGAGAUGGGCACAUACGCUCUGCUUGGCUACUGGACCGUCAAAUACUUUGACCUGCAGGUGGACUGGGAAAACAAAAGCGUCUCCACCAAAACAGCAUUUACGUAUUUUGAGUUCAACGGUUUUCUGAAGACAGUCACAGUGCCCAGUAUCUGGAUUGGCGUGCUGUCUCUCACAUGGGAGAUCAUUUCCUCCAUGUUUAAGUGUGCGUGUGUGAGAGGAGUGUUGUGGCGUCUCUGGAGCACAAUCCAGUGGGCAGUUAUGACCGCGGCAACAGUCUCCAUGUUUGCCAUCAGUCUGGUUCCCUACACCUACUUUGAGUAUGAUGCACACAGUAACCUCUGGCCUGGCGUCCGGACGGCGUUUGAGCUGACUGACCGUUACCAGCUGGUCAACUCAUACGGAUUGUUCCGGAGGAUGACCGGCGUCGGAGGCCGUCCAGAAGUGGUCAUCGAGGGCAGCAUGGAUCGCAACACAUGGACGGAGAUCGAGUUCAUGUAUAAGCCGGGGAACAUGAGCGCAGCGCCCCCUGUGGUGGCUCCGCACCAGCCCAGGCUGGACUGGCAGAUGUGGUUCGCUGCUCUUGGGCCACACACACAGAGCCCCUGGUUCAGCAGCCUCCUACACAGACUCCUGCAGGGAAAACGAGACGUGAUCAGACUCAUUCAGACAGAUGAGUCUCAGUAUCCGUUCAGCAAACAGCCUCCUGCGUACCUCCGAGCUCACCGCUACAAAUACUGGUUCAGCGAGCCCAAAAAGGAUGGGUCAUAUCCCCAGCGAUGGUGGAGACGGGUGUAUGUGGAAGAGUUCUAUCCCAUGGUGCACCUUGGUGACUCUUACCUUGAACAGAUGCUGGUUCAACAUGGUUUGAAGGAUAAGGCUCCUCCGAGGCGCAGCUCGAAUGCUUGGUUGCCACGGUUACUGCAUCAUGUAGGUGAACAUGCCCGUGAGAUGCCAGCUCCGCUUCUGCUCUGGACUCUCUUCAGCUCGGCUGCGACCUUGUGUCUCCUCAACUCUCUGCGAUCACGUGCACAUCACCACCAGCACGAAUCUCUCCAGAACAGACACGCAGAUCAACAGGCCGCAGGACCGACUCGCUCCAGUGUGGCGAAGGAGGACGAGAAGAAACAUGAGGAGGACGAUGCCAAAGAUGAUGCAGAGGAAGAUGGAAAAGAGCAGGAAGAAGAUGCAGCAAGUGAAGAAGAACAGGAAGGAGAAAUUGAAGAGGAAGUGGACAGCCUCAGGAAAAGGAAGUGAGGUUUUUAGAUCAUCCAAGGACUUUAAUUCCAGCUCAGGGUAAUAACAUCUACCCCAAAACACCAGCACUUCCACCCUCGUUGUGUCAAACAUUGACUUUUCUCUGUUUUCACAGGCAGGUUUGAGAGAUGUAGGCAGUGUAGUUUCCCAGUAGUGUCCUGGAUUUUCCCACCAGUUUAGCUCAGCUGAACCCAAUUGAAGGGCCACACUGCAAAAAAAGGGAUUUUGUUGUAUGGUCUUCGAUUGCUUUGACAAAUGCAAAUGCAAAACAAGGUAGGUUAUUGUUUAUCCGAGCGUGCACUAACUGCUACAAAUUACCAUAUUAAAAAAAAAAAAAAAACAGGA